ACUGUAGCAUUGCAAUUUAAAUCACUAAUCCAACAUUUCUGGUUGGGUUGAAACCAGUCAAUCCGGUUUACUUGAAACAGUUUUAGUGUUCAAACUACUAAUGUCAUUCCAAACACUUGAAGUUCGUAUUUUCUAAAGUUGAUUUCAUUCUCAUAUCGAAUAACGAUGCAUUCUACUACCAAGCUAUUUCGCCCAGCAUUUCUCGAAACAUUGUAGUUGUGUUCGUAAAACCACCGGAAAUACAUUCUAACGUGGGUAUGUUUACAGAGCGUAGCGGUAGGCAAUGUUGGCUGAAGUUGAUAGCAUUUAGCUGGAAAGUUAAAAGCUAAAAUUGCCAUCUAAGUAUGCAAAUAUAACGUUAUCCACUAUUGACAGUAAUGCUGAGAUGUGUCUAGUUUGUUUGUUAGUUAUGCUUCAGUAUAAAUAACAGACUACCAAGUUAGUUGAUUUUGUUAACAUCGCUAUCGCUACCUAUUCACUUAUAGCCUAACUUGCUAACAGUACAGAACAGCAGUUUACAACAGCUAGGUAUAGCCAGCUAGCGAAUGUACAAUUUGCCUUCUCCGGUGGGCUGGUGUCCUAAGUUAAAGUUAUUUUUUUCAUUUGGUAUAUUACUGUUGCCGUAUGUAAGUUACUUUACGUUUUACGUUUAAGUUAGCUAUAACUGAAAUAGAAAAUAACGUACCGGUUGCAAGUCCAUAUUCAACUUGGGUAAAUUACUUACAGAUAUAAACAUUAACCGUAGUGUUUACCAAGAUGGAUGUUAAGUGGGUUUGCUAGCUAAAGCUACAUUCUAAAUGAAUGUACUUUGGAAUGUGUUUGAUAUAUUAUCAGACAUGUCGCAGUUGAUUUUAGUUAUAUACACCUCAAAAUAUGUGGGACUUGUGUUGCUAUUGAAUAAAGUAACUAGCCAGCUAUCUGGAUAGUGAAGCGUGGUGAAUUUGGCUAGUUAGUUUUUGCUGAGUUAUUGAGGCAUCUGUUAUGAAACCAGGCCAGACAAAUAUUGAAGAAAAUUAGCGUUAGGCAGCUAACAUUACUUUGUACACAUUUCUAAAUUGUUGGCUGUUGAAAAAUGAGAAACAUCUAAUGUUUGAGAUAACAAGGAGAAAGCUACAGUUACUUAUUGAAACAACAGGUAGCUAAUGUGAGGCUAGAAUUAAGUGUACCACUGUGAUACAUCCCGAAAUUACAAUGGCAAGCGCUAUAGCAUCAAAAAUAGGACUGUACUCUUUGCGAAGAAAGCAAGCCAAGACAUUUAACGUUCAAAUAGCGACCAUGGACGCAGACAUGGAGUUCAGCUGCGAGGUGAAAUGGAAAGGGAAGGACCUUUUUGAUCGAGUUUGUAGGACCAUAGGCUUGAGGGAGACCUGGUUCUUUGGCCUCCAGUACAAUGUCAAAGACACCGUGGCCUGGCUCAAGAUGGAUAAAAAGGUCCUGGACCAUGACAUCCCUAAAGAAGAGCCCAUCCUGCUGUACUUCCUGGCCAAGUUUUACCCUGAGAACGCAGAGGAUGAGCUCGUUCAGGACAUCACCCAACACCUUUUCUUCCUGCAGGUGAAGAGGAAGAUCCUGGAGGAAGAGAUCUACUGUCCCCCUGAAGCAUCUGUGCUUCUAGCCUCCUACGCCGUCCAAGCAAAGUAUGGGGAUUAUGACCCUAAUGUUCACAAACCAGGCUUCCUGGCUCAAGAGGAACUUCUACCAAAGAGGGUGAUAAACCUUUACCAGAUGACACCUGAGAUGUGGGAAGAGAGGAUCACAGCAUGCUAUGCCGAACACCGUGGGAGAACAAGGGACGAAGCGGAGAUGGAGUACUUAAAGAUUGCUCAGGACCUGGAGAUGUAUGGGGUCAAUUACUUCUUCAUUAGGAAUAAAAAGGGAACCGACCUGUUGCUGGGUGUGGAUGCAGUGGGUUUGCAUAUCUAUGACCCAGACAACAGACUCACCCCCAAAAUCUCCUUCCUCUGGAACGAAAUCCGCAACAUCUCCUACAGUGAUAAAGAGUUUGCCAUUAAGCCCCUGGAUAAGAAGACCAACGUGUUCAAGUUCAACUCCACCAAACUCCGGGUGAACAAGCUGAUCCUGCAGCUGUGCAUUGGGAACCACGACCUGUUCAUGAGGAGGCGGCGGGUGGACUCCCUGGAGGUGCAGCAAAUGAAGGCGCAGGCGCGCGAGGAGAAGGCGCGCAAACAGAUGGAGCGUCAGCGUCUGGACCAUGAGAAGCAGCUGCGUGAGGAGGCGGAGCGUGCGCGCGACGAGCUGGAGAGACGCCUGAUGCAGCUGCAGGACGAGGCCCACAUGGCCAACGAGGCCCUGCUGCGCUCUGAGGAGACGGCGGACCUGCUGGCGGAGAAGGCCCAGAUCGCAGAGGAAGAGGCCAAGCUGCUGGCGCAGAAGGCAGCCGAGGCUGAGCAGGAGAUGCAGCGCAUCAAGGUGACGGCCAUCCGCACCGAGGAGGAGAGAAGGAUCAUGCAGCAGAAGAUGCUGGAGGCCGAGAUGCUGGCCCUCAAGAUGGCAGAGGAGUCGGACAGGAGGACCAAGGAGGCAGACCAGUUAAAGCAGGACUUACACAAGGCUCGAGAGUCAGAGCGGCGGGCCAAGAACAAGUUACUGGAGAUCACUAGCAAAUCUCCCUACACGCCCCCGCCCCCGUCUGCCAACGCCAUGCCCCCUGACAUCCCCAACUUCAACUUCAGCACGGAGAACCUCAGCUUCGACUUCAAAGACACCGACAUGAAACGCCUGUCAAUGGAGAUCGAGAAGGAGAAGGUGGAGUACAUGGAGAAGAGCAAGCACCUGCAGCUGCAGCUCAACGAGCUGAAGACGGAGAUCGAGUCGCUGAAGCUGCGGGAGCGCGAGACGCCUCUGGACAUCCUGCACAACGAGAACACUGAGAAGGGCACCAGCAAGCAGAGCAACUUCAAGAAGCUCACGUUACAAAGCACCAAAACCAGAGUGGCCUACUUUGAGGAGCUGUAGCGGUGGAGUGGAGUGACAUUGUCUGUGUACGUGCAUUCACAUAUCUGUGUGAAAAUGUGAGUGAGGGAAAGAGAUGCUGUGUGUGUGUGUGUGUGUGUGUGUGUGUGUGUGGCAUUGUGUUCCUUGGUAAACGGGCACAGACCUCCCACAGCACAGUCAUACAUUUUAGCAGGCUUUCAGGCCAACACUAAUAGGUAACACAAAACUGCCCUGAUGAGACACUGAGCGCCGACACUACCGCGUGAGCCACAGCCCUGAUGAAUGUCCGCUUCAGAGUUUACAUGCACCCAGCACACCUCGGUGCCCGCGCAAGAGAAAUUACUACUAGCCCCGGCAAAAGCCGUUCCAUUCCAUUACACACGGGCAAUGCACUAUGUUCCGUCCUCCCGGCACAGGCUGGGAGGCCGUCUGGUAAGCUAACUGUGAGGCACUCGGCUGCAUGGUGGCCACGCUGAAGAAGUUGGGUGUGUAACAUGUUUCCUUUGAGUGCAUCUAUUCUUUUUUUUUUUUUUUUUGCUCCCCCAGAAAAGGUGGAGCUUUGAUGGGUGGUUUGAGUUCUUGCCUUAAUAGUGGGGUUUACAAUACAGGGAAAGUGACUGUUUAUGUGUAAUGCUGUUGAUUUCUUGCUAAUGUAUCUUGGGAUGGCUGUGGUGAAAUCUUAAUCAUGUUUUUUUUUUUUUAUGAGGUUGAGGAUUUCUUGUUUUAAUUUAGUUUUGAUUAGUGUUCAUUACUUAAUGACUUUGUAACAGUUGAAGUGGUGUCUAGAAGACUUGUGUAUUAAAAAGAAAAGAACAUUGCUGUUGUUUUUUUUAGAUGAAUAAAUGGCCUUAAGAUCAA